AUGUUUAUUAUUACUAUUCGAGCAACAAGUGAAACUAAAUUCGAAAUUGAUUAUUAUCGAUAUUUACAACAAUUUGGUUAUACGCCAAAGGUUGAGGGUCGUCGAUUAUUUUCUAUAAUUGCUCGAUCUUCAUAUACAGCAGCAAUUCUUAAGUUUCAACGUCUUUAUAAAUUACCGGAAACAGGUCAACUUGAUGAAAGAACAAAAGCUUUUAUGGAAAAACCUCGAUGCGGAAAUCCUGAUCUUGGUACUUAUGAUUCCAUUGGGCAUCCAGUUAAUGUUGAUCAACGUGAAUCUUUAUCUACGAAUGUUCAAGGGCGAUCAGGCAAAACUAAAGUAUCCGAAAGUUCUGCAAUAAAAACACAUAUUUGGCCACAAAAGCAUUUAAAAUGGUUUAUAGAAAAAUAUCCUGAACAACAAAAAUAUAUUACAACAAAAGAUCAUAUUCAACGUAUAAUAAAUCAAUCAUUUAAUGAUUGGCAAAAACAUUCCGGAUUAACAUUUGAAAUGGUCAGUACAAAACAGACAGCUAAUCUUAAAAUAAAAUUUGAUUCAAAAGAUCAUAAGGAUGGAUAUCCAUUUGAUGGACGUGGUGCAACAUUAGCACAUGCUUUUUAUCCAACAAAUGGUGCUAUACAUUUUGAUGAUGAUGAUUAUUUUACAGAUGAUUAUAAAGAUCAUGAUGAAUCAUAUACAUUAAGACUUGUUGCUGCACAUGAAAUAGGUCAUGCACUUGGUUUAGAUCAUUCAUUUGAAAAUGGUUCACUUAUGUAUCCUAUCUAUCAACAAUUUGAUUCAAAUUAUGAUUUAUCAAAUGAUGAUCAACAAGCUAUACAAAACUUGUAUAGUAAACCAGACAUAAAAUCUACAACUGAACAAUCGAAAACAACAUUAUCAUCAUCAACAUAUUCUUUGGAUAUAUUACCAAUUGAUAAUUGGUGUUCAGAAGAAUUUCAAACUGGUUGUGAAGGUCCCGAUGGUGAACUUUAUUUAUUUAAAGAUAAUCAAGUAUGGAGAUAUCAAACAAGAAGAAAACGUUCAUGGGAUCCUCAACCAACAUUAAUUAAUGAACGUUUUCCAUCAUUAACUGAUACAACAAUAACAGCUUGUGUCAAAUCAUCUAUUGGUUAUACAUAUUUAUUUCGUGAUUAUCGUAUGUGGCAAUUAAAAACACAUUGGUCUAUUGAUGGACCCUAUAUACUACAUGGUAAAAAUUAUCCACAAAAUCCACGUAUUGCUUUAUUACAUCGAAAUUCAAUUUAUUUCAUACGUAAUCAUUUAGCAUUCCGUUUAAAUGAAUUUGAUCAUAAUAAUGAAUUAGAAAUUCUUACUAUUGAUGCUAUACUUAAUCCAUCACCAAAUGAUUUUAUACAAUCUGGUUUUACAUAUGCUAAACGUCAUUAUAUAUUUACAAGAGAUUUUGUUUAUGUUUAUGAUGCAACACAUGGAAGUUUAUUACCUGGUUAUCCAAAAUCUAAAGUAAAUGGUUGGUUUGCAUGUGAAUCAACAUUACAAAUACCAACAUCGAGAAGAAAAACGACAACAACAACAGCAGCCAUCAUGCGAACAUUAUCAACAGAAUCAUAUCGAAAACAUGAACACGAUGAAGAUGAAGAUGAAGAUGAUCAUGGUUUUCAUCACCAUCAUCAUCACCAUCAUCAUCAUCAUCAUCAUCGACCGAGACGCCCUUUUCAUCAUCAUCAUCGUUAUCCUCCUCAUCAAUAUCGUCGUCGUUGGGAGUAUUAA